UGGCAAUCAUUUUACCAAGGAUUUAACACAACAAUAAUGGCUCAAAUUUGCCGAUAAAGAGUCAUGCUAGAGUUAUAUAACAUCAAAUAAUGAGCGUUCUAGGUGGACAUUAUCUAUCUUUCCCGUCGGUUAGCACGGUUGAUAGCAUUGGUACUAAUAAUAGAAAGGAGGCCCUGCCACCACAACAAGGUAAUAAUUUCGAUAUAAAUAUGAGCCGUCGACCGAAUAGUCUGGAAAGCCUUCUGCCGGGGUUGGCAUCGGAAAUGGGACAUCACUAAAGGUUGGAUAAUCCUCAUGGUUCCAGACUGGGGGAUUACCUAAAAAAAG